AUGUUCUGUGACUUUGCACCCGAGCCUCUUGUGUUUGUUCAGUGGUACACUCCACUGAAUACGCGCGACGAAGUCUCAGGUAUGUAUUCAGUUGGUGUAUCAACAUCUAACCAUGAGCGCAGCGCAUCUGUGAUUUCUAUCACUGCUCUUGUGAGGUCAUGCCAUCUGAUUCCACACUGGAGGCAGGCUAUCAACCGGACAUGGACCUGA